UCAGCAUGGUUUUUGCGCUUAUUCCAAAACCAGUUCACGAGUCGCAGGAGAAACUCGAGAAGGUACGCAGCCUUCCAGCGAUAUAAUCGCACCUCAGCCUGAUACUUUGCUCAGUUUCUCGGUCUCAUAAGUGAUAUCGCAGAUGUCACAUACGCCCACGAACCGGAGAACAGAACCUAUUGCUGGUUUCGAAAGAGUCCUCUGGAUCAGCGGGAUGGGUUUCGUUGCUGUGGGUUCGAAGUCUACGCCAACGAGCAAGCCCUGACCCAGACCCAUCGCGCGAGCCCGGAAUACAAGAAAAUGCGCUCAGCGGGCGCGGAUGAGAACCUGUUCCUACGACCCACCGACCUCAUCUUCCUCGAACCUGCUUGCGAGAGCGGAUAUAUUACGAAGGAAGGGCACGAUGUCAGGUUCUGCAGCGCUGAAGCUCGAGACACCCUUAUCGUCGUGCGCAUAUAUAGCACCAAGAACAUGGAGGCUACGCAAAUGCUUCUGGCUCAGUUGAAUGCACUCGCCCAGCGUGCCAACGAAGAUGGUAUCUUGACGUACAUGCCGUUCAAGCGACGGGACAGUGUUGAUACUGAAGUAUCGGUACUUGAGCGGUACAGCUCAAAGGCCGCGUUUGAACAGGCAGAGAAGAGUCUCCAUGAGCUGAGCAUCAAAGCGCGCGCUGCCGCGGAACACGUAGAUGUCUCGAUUUGGGAGAAUGGGAUUGGGCAUAUCCGCAGCCCCGGGUCAAACCAAGCGCCGUGACGAUGAGCGCCUGGUUGCUGGUACCCGGUAACGAUAGCACAUGCACCACUCCGCAGCUUCGUGUUAGCCUAGGGCACCCGCUAGCUGGAUGACGGAAGAUACGGCCUUCGCAAAUAGCUAGAUGAACUUCUUCAACUUCGCUUAGACCGUCUCAGAGCGCGCUCGCGCUCCUCUCCACCGUCCGUUUUCAAGGCCUGGACGGAG